AUGUCUGCCCAAAACUCUGCAGGCAUUCAGACGCUGCUUGAUGCUGAGCGGGAAGCAUCCAAGAUUGUGCAAAAAGCCCGAGAAUUUCGUACGAAGCGCGUGCGUGAAGCUCGCGACGAGGCGAAGAAGGAGAUUGCAGAGUAUAAAGCUUCCAAGGAGGAGGAGUUUAAGAAGUUUGAGUCCGAGCACAGCAGAGGAAACCAGCAGGCUGAGGAGGAGGCGUCCAAGGAGGCGGACCAGGAGAUCAAGGUGAUUAAGGAGGCGGGCACAAAGGGACAGGAUGGGGUGGUGAAGAAUCUGCUUAGUGCGGUGUUUGACGUGCACCCCGUUCCGCCUGAGAAGGAGUAG